CGCGGCAGUUCGUGAAGCGUUGUCUCUUCUUAGGGCUGCGGCGGCGGCUAGCGUAUCGGAAUCCUGUUCGUGAUGGCGACAAAAGCGAGAGUCGAGAGGAAACAGUUGCUUCUCUUCACGCUGGCGAUCCUGUGCCCCCUGGUGUUGAGCAAGGGUUCAGUGUACACCUCUGAAUCUGUAGUCAAAGUUGCUGAGAAUGAACCCGCCACGUUGUCCUGCUCCUACUCGGGCUUCUCCUCUCCCCGUGUGGAGUGGAAGUUUGUCCAAGGCGACACCACCAGCCUCGUUUGCUAUAACAGCAAGAUCACAGCUUCCUAUGAGGACCGAGUUACCUUCUCACAGAGUGGCAUCACUUUCCAAUCCGUAACCCGGAAAGACACUGGGAUGUAUACAUGUAUGGUCUCUGAGGAUGGUGGCAACAACUAUGGGGAGGUCAACGUCCAACUCAUUGUGCUUGUGCCUCCAUCUAAGCCUACAGUCAACAUCCCCUCCUCUGCCACCAUUGGGAACCGAGCGGUGCUGACCUGCUCAGAGCAAGAUGGCUCCCCACCUUCUGAGUACUACUGGUUCAAGGAUGGGACACUGAUGCCUAUGGAGCCCAAGAGCAGCCGUGCCUUCAGCAACUCUUCCUAUACCCUGAAUCAAAAUACCGGAGAACUGAUCUUUGAUCCUGUGUCGGCCUUUGAUACUGGAGCAUACUCUUGUCAGGCACAGAAUGGGUAUGGGUCACCCGCGAGGUCCGAUGCUGUGGUCAUGGAAGCUGUGGAGCUGAAUGUGGGCGGCAUUGUGGCAGCUGUCCUUGUAACACUCAUCCUCCUUGGGGUCCUGAUUUUUGGCAUCUGGUUUGCCUAUAGCCGAGGCUAUUUUGAGAGAGCAAAGAAAGGGACUUCAGGUAAGAAGGUGAUUUACAGCCAGCCCACUGCUCGAAAUGAAGGGGAUUUCAGACAGACCUCGUCAUUCCUGGUGUGAUCCUGGUCCAGCUCACCUCUUGUCUUCUGUGCUUGCCUCACUCAGGUGCUACUAGGCCCUGGCCCCUGGUGUGUAUAGUUUCACAGGAUGCCUUAUUUGUCUUCUAGCCUCCAUCAGGGGCCCCACUUUUGUCUUAGUUAGGAUGUGUGUGUGUGUGUUUUUAAGUAAUGUCAGUUAUGUGUCUCUUCUUCCUUCAUGCCUCCCUUCCUUUCCUGCCCCUGCUGAGUGGCCUGGGACUUGUGUCAAACUUUCAGUCCCCAACCCCGUGUGGAGUCAGACCAGAGCCCCUGAGUGAUGCUUGGUGACUUCCUUUCUAAGUAGAUAGCAAGAGUGGCCAGUAUCCAAGGAAUAUGCUGUGAUCACUGUCCACUUGGUGUGUCGUGGACUUUGACUAGGGAUCUGGAGCCUAGUUUCUAAGCUCUUUCCUCCAGUGCUGAGCUGUUCUAGAAUGGGGAUUGAAGACUGGAGCUGCUGACUUGGUUGUUUGGUGACGACGGCAUCAAGUCUCUUCUGCCUCCAGAGCCCACUCUCUCUUCUGUCUUCCUAUGGGAGUGCCACUGGAAUCCUCCUGCACUGGAAUCCUCCUGAACACAGACAGACUGACACAGACCAUGGCUGUAGGGGAGACUGGAGUUUUUACUGGCGAGCACCGUCAGCUUCCAGGGAACAUGAAGUGAAAAAGUUUUAAAACCAUUGGUCUAAAGAAAACAAAGCUGGAGCUGAUAGCUCAAGCCAUCGCCCUUCCCUCAGCUGGAACAAUUGGGCAGACCCAUUAAAGACAUGUCUGUAGGGCUCUGGGGACAUGUGUGAGAUUGUGUGCGUGUGGUGCUAGCUCUGUGCUAAGAUUGUGUGUGUGUUGGAGGGCUACUUAGCUCUUUGAUGAGAUUGUGCUUGUGUGUGUCUCUAUGUACCUGGAUGUCGCUGGAAAUAAAAACUUGGUCUGUCCAAGAUUCUUGUUGUGGGGAGUGGGGGAAAUGAAGUCUUCGAGGGCUCCUGGUCUCCUCUGUACAAACAGGAAAAUGCCUCAAAACUGUACUUCCUAGCAACCUGGGGCUGGUUCCAGCUCCCUGUCCUGCCUCCUGGUGCCACCCCUUCCUGGUUCCUAUUUUAGGGCAGAGCUUCAGAACUCUUUUGUGGCCUCUGUGGCCAGGCCUUCCUUUGCUGGAGGUGGGCACCCGGGUGAAGCUGAUGCUGUGUUCUGGGGUUCUACUUGGCCUGUUCCACCAAGGGAGAGGAUAAAGUGCCUACCCUCCCUCCUGCCUAACCAGGUGCAUUAAUGAAUUUCUGUAAGGCUGCAGGAAGAAGUGCUCCAGAGCCUGAGGCAGGGAGAUUUCUCAGGUUGUGUGGAGAAGUAGGCUUAUUUAGGGGAGUGGGAGUCUGAGGUGGAUGGACAGUGUGUGAGAGAGCGAGAUUAAGCAGGAUACCAACUGUCAUUGCUUUCCUUCUCCACAUCUGGACCCUUCUUUGCCCUUAACCUUCUGUUCCCUCGUCUACUACAAUCUCCGAACACAUUUCCAAAUCUAUUUAUUAACUAGCAAGAGGGAAAAUAAGGGAUCCUGUUGGGUUGAUUCUGCUUAUUUCUUUUGGUGGAGGAUACUAAUGUGCCACAUUGCUAUAAUCUGCUCCCCUACCUGGAAAUCCCUAACUGAAUUGAGGUUGCUUUUUCUAUCAAGGAUCCAAAAGGAAAACAAACCAUCAGUAAGUGUCACGCACCAAUAAAAAAUAAAAUUUCCAGAGGGAAACAAAAUCCAAUUAAACAAGGAAAGUAGAGAUUAUGAAAUGGUUCAGUAAGAAUGAGAUUUUUGACGUAUGUUUCAGUUCUGCAUCCUGGUUGGAGGAUAGGGUGGGAGGGGUGUGGUGAAAGUCCACACCGAAGCAAAGGUGACUCACUGAUCUUUAAGUUUGAGGUGAAUGGUUCCUCACCGUAGACCGCUUGGGAUGAGGAUGAGUCAGUUAUUACUAGCCUUGGAAUGUACCUCCAGUUUCCAACAGCCCUUUUGAGUUGAAAAACACCUUGUCUGCUUUCAUUUUAGAAUGUCAAAACUAAUUUUUGUAAUAAACGUUUAUUUU